AUGCCUGAUCCUCGUCUCUAUCCUGACAAACACGCUUCGACGAGCUCGGCUUCGUCUGUAAAUCGCUCCAAUGAUGCAUCGGCGCGCUGUUCCUCAUUAUCACCAUCUCACAACAUUCUGCCGUCUUCACGGUCCACGCUCCGCUUCCCCUCGCAAACACCGCCUGCAUCCAGCUCGGCUGCGUUUGUGAACGCACCUCCGAAACCUCUAGACACCCACCCCAGGCCCUCGCCAAGUCAUGCAGACGUGGCCGCCUCUUCUGUCUAUGACGAACGUCGUCGUCAAAGUCUCGCACCAGACAAAGCCCAGCGCAAGUCAUCCGGAGCUCGUUCGCAGCCAUCUUCGGAUCACAUGCCCACGUCGCGUCAGAACAUUCCGCCUUCUCACCCUUCACCAAAACCCAACAACAUUGCCACCCGUCCUCCCGACACAAGUACUUCCAAAUCAGCCGCAACUCUAGGCAACUACCAGCUAGGUGACUGCCUUGGACGUGGCGCGUUUGGCUCUGUCUACCGAGGUCUCAACUAUAUGAACGGAGAGACUGUCGCUGUCAAACAGAUUCAGCUCGGCAACAUACCAAAGGCAGAACUCGGCGAGAUCAUGUCAGAGAUCGACCUCCUCAAGAACCUCCAUCAUCCCAAUAUUGUUAAAUAUAAAGGCUCCGAAAAGACGAAAGAUUACCUCUACAUCAUUCUCGAAUAUUGCGAAAAUGGAUCGCUACACCACAUUUGUAAGCGUUUUGGAAAGUUCCCAGAAGGUCUCGUCAGCGUCUACAUCUCGCAGGUACUCCAAGGUCUCAUCUAUCUGCACGACCAAGGUGUUAUUCAUCGCGACAUCAAGGGCGCCAACAUUCUCACCACCAAGGAUGGUUCCGUCAAGCUCGCUGAUUUUGGCGUUGCCACCAAGACGGGUGCAAUGAUCGAAAAUGCCGUCGUUGGUAGUCCAUACUGGAUGGCUCCCGAAGUCAUCGACCAGAGCGGUGCCACCACCGCUAGCGACAUUUGGAGUGUCGGAUGCGUCGUCGUUGAACUGCUCGAAGGCAAGCCGCCGUAUCACUUUCUUGCGCCCAUGCCUGCUCUCUUCCGCAUCGUUCAGGACGACUGUCCACCUCUGCCGGAAAGCGCAUCUCCCAUUGUCAAAGACUUUCUUCUCCACUGCUUUCAGAAAGAUGCCAACUUGCGAGUUUCGGCUCGUAAGCUACUCCGGCACCCUUGGAUGGCCAGCGCCCGUAAGCAGCUUGAGCAGCUAAAAUCAGGUGGCUCACUUCGAGCAGGCGGUGGCGUCACACUCAACACUCCGCACGAAGAAGCAGUCAAGAGUGUCCAAGAAUGGAACCAAGCCCUCAACGAGCCGCCCAAGCAAACGCUUCAACGACUUCAAGAGCCAGAAACGGUCCGAGCACCCAUGAAAUCCAGUCUUCGCCGAGUCAAUGCGAUCGCUGCUGAGCUUGGUACUGCUAAGCCGUUGGGCGGUCGUAGGACGCGGCAUACCAGCCGGCCCACCUUACCUGUCGACUUUAGCCCCCCAUCUGCGGUCCCACGCAAAGAGUCCGCUACGGCGUAUGCGCCACGCAUCUCCACCAAGCUGCUCAGUCCAUCCUUCGAGCCCGCUUCUGCCUCAUCUGACCAACUCUCCCUGGCCACCAACAGCAAGCAACCCCCUUCGCCUGUCAACGGAUCCGGCUUCCGAACACCAAUUGCUGGAGCUGCGCCUGCAACAUCUCUUAUGAAUCACCGCGUCAAGCUUGCAGAUCUACAACAACCAGAGAGUGUGGAUGAUAAUUGGGACGAUGACUUUGAGGACAACAUUACCACCACCAAGAUUGCUGCUGCUCUCGAAAGAAGUUCGUCAUCCGAGGGUACGGAAGCAGCUGCCGCCGGGAAGGAUGCUGCAGGAAAAAUCGGAACGGCUGCAGUCUGUCGUCUGGCUUCUCAUUCCACAGCCGGCCACUCCUCAUCCUCACGGUCACCUACUCGUCUAGUAGGCUCAGAAGCAGAGUUUGAUCAGCGUACCAUCCGGCCAGUCGCCGGCCCUUUCCUGCGCAGCGUAGCUUCUUCUUCUCAGGUCCGCAACUCGCCAGACCUCACCGCGGAUUCUUCUUCGCCUCCCUCCAGCCGCUCAUUCGAUGACGAAACAGGCGAUGACUAUUCAGACCUCGUUGGAGAUGGCCAGGAGGAUGUUCUGAAUAAGCGAAUUCGCGAUCUGCAAAUGAAGAACAGUGUUGGUAAGCGUCUUUUCCAUCCUAAUGACCUGGUUCGACUUGCCAGCCCCGCGGCUGGCGACAAGGUAUCAGCUUCAGCCCAUGGCGACCUUAGUCCUGCUUCGCCAUCUAAGCCGUCAGAUCGUCGCACAAAAGCGUCAUCAGAUGCUAUGCGCAGCUCUCUGGCAGCUUCCACCGCUCGUCCUCCGUCUGAUCCUGUAAGUCCACAGACCACCCUGCGCCUCGAAAAGGAAGGAAAGUGGAAACAGAUGCGGCGCACACUAGGCAAGUACUCCGAGGAUCACUCAACUGAAGACUACUCAGACCUCUUCGGCAAAGCCGAUGAAGGUAGCAACAGCAAAGAUGACAGUGUCGGCAGCGGAAACACCCUGCAGCUCACCGCCCGACUCUCGAAUCGUUCAUGGCUGCGCGAUGACGAUGCAGACGAGGACGAUCCCUUUGCCGAGAUCGACGAAGGGUUCAACGCCGAAGCGGAUCUCGAAGCCAAUGUCGCACGUGACCAGCAUGCUCGCAUGUGUGCAUUUGUGACCGAACUGGUCGAGUCGCUUGACACGCAUGCGGGAGUCGACGAGUUGCUCCAGGUGUGCGAGGACAUCGAUCAGGUCCUGACAGACAUGCCCGAGAUGAAGGCGCAGCUCCUCGCUUCUCACGGUGCUCUUGCGCUCAUACAGCUGCUCGAAGCUGCUGCUGAUCGCGAACUGGCGACUCGACUGCUGGGCAUCCUCAACCUUGUCAUCUUUGAAGACCCUGAAGCACAAGAGAGUCUCUGCUUGAUUGGCGCCAUUCCCGUCGUCAUGACCUUUACCACCAAAAAGUGGCCGCACGAUCUUCGACUAGAAGCUGCUCACUUUGUCUUUGCCAUGUGCUCCACCUCGCGACUCACGCUCCAAUUCGUCCUUAGCUGUCGUGGUCUGCGCACGCUGGUCAAUCUGAUUGACGAAGACUACUUGGAGCAAAAGGAUCUGGUCUGGAUCGGCGUGGGCUGCGUCAGCAGUGUCCUCGAGCUGCAGAGUCCUGCUUCGCGUAACGACUUUUGCCGCAUGCUGGCGCAGGAGGGUCUUCUCGAGCCCCUAUCUUCCGCCCUGCAGAGCGUUAUUGACGAUGACCAAGAUGAGUAUGCCUCGCAAGCUCGCGCCAACAUCCUCCAGAUCCUGCUUAUUUACUCGCAAUCAGACAACUUCCUCAAGAGGCAGGUUGCCACCCGCAGUGUGCUCCGUCGCAUUCUGCGCUCAGCAUCUAGGCUUGAGCCCGAAUCGUUGACGCUCAUGCUCAAGAUUGUCAAGAAUCUGUCCAUGUCGCCGACAAUUCUCGACGAGAUGCAGAAUGCCAACACCAUCGAAAUUCUUACCAGCAUCCUUGCGCAACAUCAUAGCGGCCCACAUGGCACGGAAAUGUCUAACCAGGUUCUCAACACCAUGUACAACCUCUGCCGGCUGUCAAAGUCCCGUCAAGAGGAGGCUGCGCAGGCUGGCAUCAUUCCGCAAUUGCUGCGAGUCGCUCGAACCAACUCGCCACUGCGCCAGUUCGCACUGCCCAUCUUGUGCGACUUUGCCCAUGCGGGCAAGGCGACGCGUAAGAUGUUCUGGCAGCACAAAGGUCUCAAUUUCUACCUCAAGCUUCUGGAGGAUCCCUACUGGCAAGUAUCUGCGCUGGAAAGUAUCCUCGUUUGGCUUCAGGAUGAGACAGCUCGUGUCGAGGAAGUCCUUCUUCAGCCCACAUCGAUCGAGUCGAUGCUGUGCGUCUUUGCCACCAGCAAAGCCAACUCGUUUGAGAACCUCUUGGAGCCUUUUGCCAAGGUAUGCAGGCUUUCGAGUGGCAUCGUAGCUGCCAUGGCCCGAAACACGCUUUUCGUCAAGAGGCUCAUCGAGCGCCUUGCGCAUCCAAAAGCGGUGGUAAGACUCAACCUGCUGAGAAUUACCAAGAUGAUCUGUGAUCUCAAAGGCGACGUCCACUCACCGCUUGUGGACCAGCUCAAAGUGUACGACGUGGUGGAGAAGCUCAGCAGCACAGACAAUGCGGUGUUGGUCAAGGAGCUCGCCCGCGACAUUCUAAGCCAGCGCCACAUCCAGUGGGAGGCCAGCAGGACGGUGAGGAGAACACUUUCGGAUACGCAUAUGGGCGAGGGCGCUCGUGUCUCAAGCAACACGGGCUCGAUGCUGCCGCAAGGUAGUGCGGCCCUUGGUCAGUUGGUGGGUAUGCGUGCCUCAGCUCCGUAUCGCCGCAAAAUGUCGAACGGGACCAGUGGCGAUGCCGGCGAUAUUUCCUCGAGCAGCGUUGCCAAGUCGACCAUUCACGAGCGAUCCAUCUCGGGUUCUUUGAUCGGCUCCUCUCCGUCUUCGUCAUCGUCGAUGGUUGGUACACCUUCAACAGCGCGAAGCACAGCGAUGCGCAACCUGGUUGGUAGACUCAGCCAACCACGUCGAGCCGUCACACCAAAUCGCGACCUGAUGAUGAACCAGAGCCAUACCAAAUUCGGUUCAAGAGGCACUUCACCUCUCAUGGUCUUGGAACCGCUUCCGCAGGGCGAGGCUGUGAGGCUGCGGCAGAACUCUCAACCACAGAUGGAUUCGGCCAGAGGUGCCAACGACGGCUCUCCUGACUCGUUGUCGUCGAGCAGAGACGCGAUGGAGAUCAAGAUGGCUGACAACUCCUCAGGCAGCCAUCUGGGCUUGUCGAGGGGCAUGAGUCCACGUGUCAGAAGCAUCUCGAACGAGAUCAAGAGGGCCGCUGCCUAUGCCAACUUGGGCAACUCCGAGGAUGUGCAGGCACAAAGGAUCUCGAGGCAUGCUUCGGUGGAUGUCGGUGCCAGAAGAGGCAACUUGGAGGAACUCGAGAAUGAAGAUGCAGGUCAGAUGCAGUUACACUCGGCGGACAAGGAUAGGACGAUGCGUCCACCCUCACGAAGACCGAUCCCUUUGCUACCUUCGAGUCCUGGUUUCUCGCCUUAG